UUAGGUACGUACUCGCAAUCUACGAUUACGAGUACGAGUAUGUACCCUACCGUACAUACCGGUACUCCUACUUGUAUCGGAAUUCUAAUUUUAUUUACCGUUCCAACGAUACGCACUGCAAGGUACGAGUCGGGUACUUCUACUAGAGCAGAAACCGAAUCGAGUAUUCCUCGGUUGUCGGUUGCCAUUCCAAUCCAACACUCCUUGCGAUACGAGUACGUACGGUACCGUUCGCAUCGAUUGGGGCCGGAUCCGAUUUUGCACGCCGCACGGCAUUCCGGCACGAGGGACGCAGAGACACAGGGAUGGACGCCCUCAAGAGAUUCCUGGAAUUCAGCGGGCUGUCGCGCCGCUCCCCUCCGGCCGCAAGGCGGGAACCGGGGGGAGAGCCCGAACGAAAGCGUCGCAGGCCGGGGUCGAUCGAAACGGAGUCCUCCGAUGCCGGUGCGGCCGUGGUUGCGGCCCGGUCCGCGCACGCGGCAGCUCCCGAAUCCGUGCCCGUGUUCGUGUCCGUGUCCGUUCCACCCAUCGAGGAGACGCCGGUCGCCGCAAGAGAUCGAACCGCGCCGGAGACGGUGCCCCCGGAUCCAGCCUCUGCCCGUGAUCCAACCGGCGCCGGUCCGGCCUCUUCCCGGGGGGGAUGUCCCUCCCCGUGCCCGCAGUGGCUCCUCUCGCCCCCGAGCGAGGGCGGGGGCUGYCUGGGCCGGGUCUUUCGGUUCCUGGACCCCGGCCUCGACUUUCCCUCGUCCCGCCUGGUGCACCCCGUGUGGAACGAAUGGGUCGAGUGCCUUCUCGCCCUGUCCAGCGAGGAAACCAACAUCUGGAUGUCCCGCCUCGAGGUCCGCGACGGAACGGGCACGGGAACGGGCAACGGCGGGGACGCUUCCGGGGAGUACCGAAACCGCCUCGAGAAAGACCUUGCCAUGGUGCGGGAAACCACGGAGGAAGAACGGGAACGGUACAUCCGAGAAACCAGGGAGGACUGGGCCAUCCGGGGUGGUGGCAGCAGCAGCAACAACAACAACAACAACGGCAUUCUCGGUGGCAACCAACAGCAGCAACAACAACAACAACAACGGCAUUCUCGGUGGCAACCAACAGCAGCAACAACAACAACAACAACACCCGAUUCAGGAAGACAUGUUCGAGAUCAAGCCGCACCACCUGUGGCGCCGGACCGACGUGGAACCCGGUCGGCAGGGCCGGUAUUCCAUGAACGACUGGUCGCACCGGCCCCACAUCGUCUCGGCGAGGAUCGUCCUCAACGUCCGCAACGCCUACCGGUUGCUCGCCUUUCGGUACGGGAUCCGGAGCGAGAUGUUCCAGUUCGGCGGCCGCUGGUACUACUUUUGCAUAGGCGCCGGGACCUUUGGCGCCGGGACGGGGAACACCGUCUUUGGCAUCGAGCUGCUGGAAUGCCAGGAGGGCCAGCAGAACAACGCGGCCGUGGGGCCCCAGCAGCGGAGGGACCCCGGGGGCUUCUCCACGACCCGAGUCGGCUUUCCCGCGCUGAUCCGCUACCGGACGACCUUCCGGGCCGCCUCGGGGGCCUACCGGCCGCUGGAGCUGGCGGCGGCCGUCCCGGAGGGCUUUCCCUGCUGGCCGAGCGGGACCAACGGGAACGCACGAAUGUCCUACGAAUACAUCCCGCUGGCGAGCGCGGGGCUAGCCCUCGGGCCGCCCCCGUCGUGCCCGCACCUGCGGAUCGCGGUCGAGAUGGAGCACAUGGGCUUUGGCUACUGCCAGUAGCGGGAGGUAMAGGGGCAGCCAGGGGAAUGGAUCGCAUCGGAUCGAUUCGGUUGCAUCGUAGGAAUUUCGUACGUUGCCAAUGAAAUUCGGGAUUGUUU